AUGAGCUCCCUGGGUUUAAAUAACAUCUUCUUAUGUUUCCUUGUCCUGCUAGGUCGUCAACACCUUGAUAUGAGCUCCUUGGGUUUAGCUGUUGAUGGAACCCCUCAGACUAACGAGUCAGCUGAAGACCCCGCUAAUGCUUAUCGUACCAUAGCUGAUGUUGUUGGCGGACGCAGAGCAAGCUCUCGACGCACUGUUCGAGGGGGGAGUUCUGCUGCUAGUCGUACUGCUAGAGGUGGGGGCUCUGUGGCUAGCCGCACUAGCAGGGGGGGGGGCUCUGCAGGAAUAACCGCUGGGGCGAGCACCUCAACGCCACGUUCUGCCCCUGUUUCUCGGGCUACCCCUUCUAUAUCUGCUUCUGCUUGGCGUGGUCAGACCACACGGGGAGGAGGUAAUAUUGCGGGCCAACGUCGGCCUCGUCCUGAGACGGAAAGCGUUUCUGUUGACGUUACGCGAACUGCUGCAGACCAAUUGCAAUCUGCUCAUCCUGACCAAGUUGUGAAUUCCUCUAUCUCCGAGCAGGUGGAGAUUGUGGCCGAGGAGCAGGACGUCCCUUUUGUGCAGCGCCCAGGUAAGCGCAUUUGCACUGGGGAGAGUUCUCGCUCGCAGGAGCAGGCCCAAGCUUCUGCCCCUGCUAACCAGAGCACCGCUUCUCUUCCUACUUCAUCUGCUGCUCUUGCUGCUUACUUGGAGGAGCAACUGAGGUUGCCUGAGUCCUCUGUUCCUGCUUUUGUGAAUAUUAGGAACGGGGAAUUUUUGGAGAAGGAGGCCAUUGAUGUUCGCCCUGCGGUGAACCCUGAGUUGGCUGCCUGUUUCUCCCCUGCGCCGAUUAGCGAUGACAUCUUCGCUCCUCACUGGGAUGUUAGAGCUAACGAGUCUUUGUAUGCCAGCUUCCCAGAGAAAGGCGGAACGUUGGCAUACCGGAUGCUGAAGGGGUUAACACUGCCAGCUGACCGCCCCCUUGAGCGUGUUUACACCCCUGGGGCUAAUGCCUGCCAGAAAGUGCUAGAGGCUGGGGUUGCUGUGAAGGAGCUCUGUGACUUCUUUUUUUUCUAUCAGAGGAAGCAUGAUGAACAUCUUGCUCUUCUUGAAGAAAAGGAUAAGCAGAUCCGAGACCUGACUUUGGAAAACGAAAGAGCAUCCUCCUCCCUCACUAUUGCCAAUGCCAAUGUUCAGACGAUAUCCGUCGAAAGAGACAACUUGGCUAGUGAGGUUGUAGCUCUGCGUCUAACUGGGGAGAAUUUAGCUAAAGCUCAGGCGGAGGUGGAGGCGGAGAGGAAGCGCACUGAGGAUUUGGCGGAGCAGCUAAGCUUUGUUGAGCAGAGGCAUGCUGAUGAGCUGGCAGAACUUCGCCUUUCUGUGCAGAAGGAGGUGGCUGCUGCUGUGCGAGAAUUUUGUCGCUCUGACGCUCAGUAUGCCCUUCUAACGCAGAGGUAUGAUGGCGGGUGGAAAGCGGCCUCUCUCAUAAUCAAGCACAAAUAUCCGCAGUUUGAUUGGAGUUUAAUCGAAGAGGACUGGCUUGCUGGCCUACACCUUACCAUUCUUAAAGAACUGCGGGAGGCUGAAGCUGCUGAGGGUCAUGCCGUAGAGCCUAGUGAUGUGCCCGACUUCUGCGUCGAGAACAUUCACCCUGGAGAUUUGCCUUUCUCAGAUGAAGAUGAUGUUGCAGGCAAUGACGAAUAAUGGGUGUGGCGGCUAUCCCCCUGUUCUUCUUGUGUGACUGGGCCUGUUAUGUAAUAGUUUAGUUUUUUAGACAAUAUUAUUUAGGGUUUGCCCUGUUGGGUGGUGGCGUUUGUGCCAUUCUGUUUUUGGAACAAUUUACAGUUAGUUCAUUUCUGCCUUUCUUCUCAGAUAUUCUUGAGCUGGGCUGGUGUAUUUACUGCCCAGAGCCAUUUUGUAGGGCUGUACUUUAUUUGUUUCCUUGGUUUUUAAUGAAGGUAUAGCCGCCGGCAUUUGAUAUACGUGUUUUUUCUAGGUACUUAGCCAAUUUUUGAUAUCUUGUUUGUCUUUUGGAAGUUCUAGCCUUGAUCAAAGUCAAGCUUUAUAGCAUGUUUUAUUAUUAUCUCUCUUUCUGAAUUGUCUUGGCUUUUUGCCAAGGCAAACUUAGGGACUGCUCUGUGACAUUUGUGCGGUAUUCUAGCUAGCCUUUUGAGCUACCUUCAACCUUGAAUUGCUUUGGCUUUGGUCAAGGCAAGAACUCGGACAUUGCUUUGCGUAUUUUAAAUAAGCUUUUUGGGCUGCUUCCAAUUUUGAAUUGUCUUGGUUCUAGCCAAGGCAAAACUCGGAAAUUGCUCUGCGAUAUUCUAACUAGCCUUUUGGGCUGUUUCCAAUUUUGAAUUGUCUUGGUUCUAGCCAAGGCAAAACUCAGAAAUUGCUCUGCGAUAUUCUAACUAGCCUUUUGGGCUGUUUCCAAUUUUGAAUUGUCUUGGUUCUAGCCAAGGCAAAACUCAGAAAUUGCUCUGCGAUAUUCUAACUAGCCUUUUGGGCUGUUUCCAAUUUUGAAUUGUCUUGGUUCUAGCCAAGGCAAAACUCAGAAAUUGCUCUGCGAUAUUCUAACUUAGAAAUUCAUCAUGACACUGUUCUUCAGCUGACUUGAGUGAUCAAGUCAAGUCAUCUGUUGAAUGUGUGUAUCAUGACGUAUUUCUAAGUUACGUCGUGCUUUGCUUAUUACUUUAUCUUUUCUUGGAACCGCCAAGCUCAUUUUAUUAUAUGUAUUCUGUAAGAAGGAGUACAAAGAGGGAUAAUUUUGG